AUGGACGGAGGAGGAGGAACAGGAACGUUUGUGAUGACACCUACUAACAAUAAUACUAAAUCGCUAAUAGCUCAGCUUCAAAAUGGUGUUGAAACUGUUGUUCAUACUACCACCCAUACUUUACGAGAAGCCGCUUGCGGUGCUGUUUUCGGUGUUUUGGUUGGAAGCGUGUUGAAGGUCCUUCCUCCUUGGCAGGAUAUGGUUAAUUUGCCAGGAGGCUUAGCUCGUGAUUGCGCUAUUUGGAGGGGCACCAAUCAAGGUAUGAUUUGUGCUUUGAAAAGAAUUAGAGGGAAAGAUGAUACCAAGGCUAGAGCGGUGGCAGGUUUUACUUCUGGAUACCUGAUUCAUGUCGUCGCCAACCACGUGAAUCCUUCUCCUAGGCCCUCAGAGCCAACCGUGACAGGGCUCAUCUUUGCGCUUUGUUAUAGUGUUCUGCAUAAGGUAUUCUCUUCUCAGUUGCCCGUAUUGGAUGAUAAAUGCUAUACCAGAACAAGAUGCAUGUUGUCAAAGCUAGGCCUUCAGAAGUACGAGAAGCACUUCAAGAAACACUUGUUAACAGACAAUACUAUCCCACUGCUUAAUCAUAGGCAAGUUUUACUGGAGUUCAUAUUAUGUCGUUGUUUUUGUGCGUGUUCUUAG